GUCGGAGAGGCGGCUGCGGUUGCUUCGCCCCCAUGGCAGCCUUGGGAAUUUGGUUUUCUCCCCGCUGCCGGUUUCCUGCUUCCCUUCCCCCGUUCCCGACCCGCUUCUUUUCCCUCUUGCAGCCCGCCAAAAAAUCGAAGAUCAAUGGCUGUUCCGCGGGAUCUCCCCCGCUCAGCCCGGAACAGGUGGAGCGCAUCCGCAAAAACAAAGAGGCGGCACUGCAGAAGCUCGCAGCCCGUACCGCCAGCUACAUUCCUGCGGAGAUGGGGCAGAGCUGGAGGGCCUCCCUGGCCGGAGAGUUCUCCAAGCCGUAUUUUGCUCAGCUGAUGACAUUCGUUGCUGAAGAACGCAAGCGCUGUACGGUUUAUCCACCCCAGCAUCAGGUCUUCACUUGGACCCAGCUGUGUGACAUCCAUGAUGUGAAAGUUGUCAUUUUGGGCCAAGAUCCGUAUCACGGGCCCAGUCAAGCUCACGGGCUCUGCUUCAGUGUCCAGAGACCAGUUCCCCCUCCACCCAGCCUGGAAAAUAUUUACAAAGAGCUUGCUGUGGAUAUAGAAGGCUUUUCUCAUCCUGGCCACGGAGAUUUGACUGGAUGGGCUAAACAAGGUGUGCUGCUGCUGAAUGCUGUGCUCACGGUCCGAGCUCAUCAGGCCAAUUCCCACAGAGAGAGGGGCUGGGAGCGAUUCACGGAUGCCGUGGUCUCCUGGCUGAACGAGAACCUGCAUGGCCUGGUCUUCAUGCUGUGGGGAGCUUAUGCUCAGAAGAAGGGCAGCUCUAUUGACAGGAAACGGCACCAUGUCCUGCAGACAGCGCAUCCCUCGCCCCUCUCGGUGCACAGGGGGUUCUUUGGCUGCAAGCACUUCUCCAAAACGAAUGAAUUCCUGAAGAAAUCUGGGAAGCCGCUGAUCGACUGGAGGGCCCUGUAAGGACCCUGCAACUCCCUCGAGACCAUAAGAGGAGCCGUUUGGGUCCCCAACACGCUGGAGAGGCUCUGCAGAAACACCCUUGGAUGGGUUUCUUUGAAGCCGAUCCAGACAGUCGUCUUUUCACUUUUAAUUUGGGGGUAACCUGAGCCAAGGUGUUUAUUCUGAGUAGGCUUUUUUUUU